AAUAGUUUCUUUGACAACCAGCAAGAGCGAUUUCUAAUUAUCCCGAAUUGUACUUGUUAUAUUGUUAAUACGUAUGUUCUAAAUUUUCGUUUUGUGUCAGAUAAAAUAUUACUAUUGAAUCAUGGAAACGUAUGAAAGUAUAUUACUUGUGAAAAAUGAAGUGUUUGUCUUUAAAAUACCACCUAGAACUACUAACAGAGGAUAUAGAGCAGCUGACUGGAAUCUUGCUGAGCCAACAUGGACUGGCCGUAUGCGUAUUGUCAGUGUUGGUGAUGCAUGCACAUUAAAAUUAGAAGAUCGUAAUAAUGGAGAACUUUUUGCAAAGUGUCCAAUUGAUCAAUAUCCAGGAGUUGCCAUUGAAUCUGUGUCAGACUCUUCACGUUAUUUUGUCAUUAGAAUACAAGAUGAAAAUGGGCGUGCUGCAUUUAUUGGUCUGGGUUUUGGAGAUCGUUCAGAUAGUUUUGAUUUAAAUGUUGCUUUGCAAGAUCAUUUUAAGAGACUGAAAGUGUGUGAAGACAUUGCUAAAGAAAAGAAUGAACCUAAACAAGAAUUGGAUUUAAAAUUUAAAGAAGGUGAAACAAUUAAGAUAAAUAUGAAAAUCACUAAAAAAGAUGGUAGUGAAGUAAAUAACAAACAAGCAAAACCUCGCACUGUAUCUUCUGGCAUAGGAGGUCUAUUACCUCCUCCACCAGGUUCAUCAGGAACUAAAACCAUUCCAGCACCACCUUCUCAGACAUCUUCUCCAUCUCAUCAACCAACAAAUACGAAUAAUUGGGGAGAAUUUGCUUCUGCUAAUACUAAUACACAGUCACAAAAUAGUGGUUCUAAUCCUAAUUGGGUUCAAUUUUAAGUUAUUUGAUUCCAAGUAAAAUUUUGAUUAUUAUGAUUAAUCUUUUUUAUUUGUUAUUUUUAAUUUAUUUAUUAUUAAAUUUACUGUUUAUAUGCACAUUAUUGUAAGGAUAUUAUUACUGUAUAAUAUUUAUUAGGGGAUUAUACAACAUGUAAACUAAGUAAAUCCUAUUAUGUUACUUUCAAAAUUAUUGAUAUUAUUUGUUUAUAAUUUUAUUAUAAACAUUUCUGUGGUAUGUUACCUUUAUAUUUUAUCCUAUGUUUUGUAGUCUAUACUUGCAUUAUCUAUUAUGUUUAAAUAAAAUUGUAUUGUUAUGUGAGUUAAUUUUGUUUUUUGCACAAUCCUUAACUAUUUAUUAUUAUAUCAGUAUUAAUAAGAUAGUUAUGAUUUCAAAUAUUAUUUACUUGUGUAUUUAAUUAAUAACUAUACUUAGGUUAUUAUUUUAUUUACUUAUAAAUUUAAUUGUUAUAAUUAUACAAAUUUUACUUAGUCAAAACAAGUUACUUAUUAGUAUUAUUGUGUCUUCCAGUUUUACUAAUAAAAGUGUUGAUGUACUUAUGUAAAAAUUUUCAAAAAAUAAUAUUAAUGAAAUAUUCUAUAAAUUUGUUACUAGUAUUGAACACAUAAUUAUUAUAUUGUUGAAAUUAUUUAAGUUAUUUUACUAGCUAUAAUUUGUCAUUUAUGCCUAAUAAACCAUAUUAUACAAUUAAUAAUAAUAAUAAUAGAACUACGUUACUUUCUUCUUAUUUUUACUUUUAAAUUACUUAUAAAAAUAUGAUAGAAUCAAUUUAUUUAAAUUUUAUUGCAGAAACAUUAAAUUGUCUUUUUAAAUGAAAAAUAACUGAAUUAUUUACUUUAAAAUACACAAGUUUAUUUUGUUCUAACAUUUUUUUGUUUUAAGUUAUGAACUUAUAAAAUUAAUAUCAAAAAAUAUGAAAAAUUGAUGAAUUGUGGUUUUUAGAAUUUUCAUUAAAAUAUGUUUUAGAUAUUUAUUUAAAGAUAUUAUAUAUAAUUAAAGAUAAUUUUCAUUUAUAUUUUUGUCAUUAUUAUCAACAUUGGAAAUAAAUUUUUGUUUUGUAAAAUUUAAUGUAAGAGUUAAUCGAAUGUAAUUUAUAAUAGUGAACAGAAUUUCUGUUCUAUGUAUCAUAUUAUUACUAAAAUAUUUUUAUGAUUCUUGUGAUGUCAAUAAUUAAUCUGAUUAAACAUUUUGCAUAGUUCA